UUUGUUAAAAUGGAGGAUAUUGAUUGGUGUAUUUCUGGUACUUGGCGGAUGGAGCGUCCUUGUUGCUAUAGCAACGUUGGGGAUAAAUAUAGGGGUUUCCAGGCGGUUUUCCCAUUUCCAGUCAAGUCUAGAGCGAAGGACUUUCCUGGAUAACACAAUGAUGGAGCAACAAAGUGGUAAAAGUUUGAACAAUAAAGUUAAAGAAGAAAAGGAAAAUUUUAAAUUUAAGGAAUUUUUCAAAAAUGUUUCUUACGAGAACUUUGUUAGAUUUAUGUACCAGCCCAAGGAUCCAUCCAGUUUGGGAGUCAUUCGGUUUUUGUUUGGUUUGUUAAUGUUGCUAGACCUGCCCGAAGAGCGCGGUGGUUCUGACAUUGACUUUAGAUGGGGGGAUCCCCGAGAUUGUCAUUUUCCUCUAUUUCCAAUUUUGCGCCCUUUGCCAUACCCAUACAUGGCUCUACUUUACGGAAAUAUGUGGUUUGGCGCUUGUGGCAUCAUGCUGGGCUACAAAUUUCGCACUAGUGCGUUAUUAUUUGGCCUUCCUUAUUGGUACUUAUUGUUGCUGGAUAAAUCGUUCUGGAACAAUCACAGCUACCUUUUUGGAAUUGUUACGAUGCUUUUAGUAGGAUCCUCAGCAAACCACUAUUUUUCUUUAGAUGGAAUUUUCGAUGAAAAAAAGCGAAAUCGGCAUGUCCCCUAUUGGAAUUAUUUCAUAUUAAAGUUUCAAUUUUUUAUGUUGUAUUUUUUGGCCGGUUUGAAAAAGACUGAUAGGGAAUGGCUUGAAGGAUACUCGAUGACCAAUUUGGGGAGUCACUGGGUGUUUCUCCCUUUCACAAUAUUUCUCACCGUUGAACAAAUCGAUUAUUUAAUUGUGCAUUGGUUCGGCUUUCUUCUCGAUCUCACAAUUGGUUUCUGGAUGCUUAUUGAAAUCACUCGACCAAUUGCGAUGAUUUUUUGUGCUUGUUUUCAUCUCAUGAAUUCGCGACUUUUCAGUAUCGGAAUGUUUCCAUACGUGUGUUUGGCAACAAUGCCUCUUUUUUGCUCAGAAACGUGGCCACGUCGCUUACAAAGUGUUUUUAUCAAGAAUGUGGACUAUAAAGUGGAAUCAAGUCCCGUGUGUGUUUACACGAAAGACCAAAUCAAUUGGAAACAUAAAUUAGUUGUGGGACUUUUAUUGACUCAUUGUGGACUUCAGUGCUUCCUCCCCUAUUCACAUUUUAUCACCCAAGGGUACAAUAAUUGGACGAAAGGGCUUUAUGGGUACUCCUGGGACAUGAUGGUACACUCAUGGGACACCACAAUUGUUGUAAUCAAAGUGGUUGAUAACAAUUCAGGUGGUGAGUUUUUCCUAGAUCCUGAAGCUUGGACGCAGAAUGAACGAUGGAAUAAACACGCUGAUAUGUGUCUACAAUAUGCUGAAUGUCUGAAAAAUAAUUUGCUUCAAGACUUGAAACAUGAAAAGAGCCGGGAAGGUGGGAAGAAUGAAAUUGGGCCCAAGCAUAUAACUUCUGAAAACAUAUCAAUUUAUAUAGAUGUUUGGUGUUCUCUCAAUGGGCGAUUUCAGCAACGGAUGUAUGACCCAAACUAUGAUUUACUGAAGGCUAAUUGGUCUCCUUUCCGGCCAGUAGAGUGGCUGAAACCAGUCUUGACUGAAUAUAAUGAUUUCAGGAUUCAAAUGAAUAAAAUCAGUCAAGAGGUCUAUUCGUGGUCCAACUACAGUGAUGUCUUGUUUAUUGCAGACUUUCCGGGUCUCUAUUUGGAAAACUACAUAACUAAAGAUUUGCGAAACGUGACUCUCACAGUGUUGGAAGGCGAAGUAUUUUACGAAGUAGAAGACGAGGAAACAAACCAGUCAUACGGCGUAAAACUCGGUAAAAACGAAAGUAUCCCAGUUGAAGUUGAAGUUUUCCAUAAAGUACACACAAUCAGUUCAACACCAUCUUGUUACAUGUAUGUCUACAUGAACAAAACUAGGGAAUAUUUAGGGGAAUUACCCCAACCAAGUGACAAUGACAGAGACGUAAUGUAUUCACCGUUUCCUCUAAUCGAGGACGUCCAAUUCAGAAUUGACGCGUUUUUGCGCAUGAUUGGACACAUUUCCAACUCAUUCUUGCACGUAUUUUACAAUCAGCCUUUGAUAAGGAGGACUAGACUGCCAUUUUCAUAAUAAAAAUGUAAAAAUUU